AUGUUUGACCAACGGCGGGCUGCAAGGGAGGACGCUCAGCUCUUGGUUUACAUGAUGUAUGCUGGCGCGCUCCAGUUUGUCCCGCGCCAGUAUCGCUCCGACCCACUGCGUUCUUUCCUUUGGCUGGCCGUGCGGAGGAAGGAGCUCCUCCCGGAGGGACAUCGCUCUUGCUUCGGUUUCUCGUCAAGCUUGGUGCACGCAGUGGGACCCGGAGGACCUGCGGCGGAGUGGCUUCACGAAGUCCGCGGCACGGUGGCGGGUUCCGGAGGCCAUGCUCGCGGAGUUGUCGCCCCUUGUCCUGGAUGUGCUCGGUGCUCCGGUGGAGGGACUUCCCUUUGUGGAGUUGUGCGCUAUGAGCAAGAUGAGUCUCAAGUACCUCACAUUGACACCAGCGAUGUGACGAUGCUGGUUUACCUCAGCAGUUCCGGUGGAAACACCUGCUUCCCAAAUCUACAGCGCAGCAUUAUGCCACGUGCAGGCCGUGUUCUGGUUUUCUGCAGCACGACACCUGGCGCUUCGCGAUUCGGUGGCUUUGCUGGCUCAGCCUACGGAGUGCCGAACGAUGACACCAUGCAUUUUGGUGGCCUCUGCCCUUCGAGGGGGGAGAAACUCAUUGUGCAGCUUCUGUUCGCUGCCCUGGAUCCGUCAUUGAAAAUCGGCUCCUGGGACGAGGCCCUGUGCGGCCGCGCCUUGAGGCAGGCCAGCUACAGCUCGGGAGUGGAGGCGCAGCCCCUGCCUGCAGUGCCCUCUGCAUCUCGACUGCCGCGUCUGGCGACCUCCCCGCAACGCUGUGCCACCGGCUGCAAGGGCCUGGCUUUGGAUUUGGAAGUGGCGCAGUGCGGUGAAGCCAAAGUUUGCAUUCACUGCUGGCAGCGUCGCCUAGAAGCGCUGAGAGGAAGCUGA